GAGAGAGAGAGAGAGAGAGAGAGAGAGAGAGAGAGAGAGAGAGAGAGAGGCAUGGAAGCUGAAAUCAAAGCAGAAUUCUACAAGAGUGGCUUCACUCUCGACGAAGAAGAAGAUAUUCUCAGGAAGUGCCUUACUUUCUGUAUAAAUUACGACCUCAAGCCCUCCGAUAUCGUUUCCAGCUGGGAGGUUUACUACCUUAAUCGGCAACUACAUGAAUCAACAGUACAAAAUGCUGAAAUGGAAGGUUUUUUGUUGCACCUGCAGAAUGAACGAAAAGAGGCAGUCAUUAAAGAGGAAACUGGUUUGCAUGUCUACUCAAGCAAAGAUGUGGAAAUGAUUCUAAAUGAUGAAUAUGAAGACACAGAAGAAGGCUCACUUGGCACUCCAACAGACAAGUCUCUAAAACCCUGUUCAGAAUCAUUUGAUUCAUCGUAUAAAAGAAAUGGGUACGCUUAUUCUUCUGGAAAAUCAUCAAAACUUUUGACACCAUUUGGGCAGCGGACAGUGAAGUUUGUGGUGAAAUUCAACAUCAAUAAUCUACCUACAAUAGAGAAUGGAAGCAAUGAAGACAACCAGGAGAAUUUUGAAGACAGCAUUAUUAGGAGGGUUCAACCUCGGAAGAGGUGUUCCUUGAUCGUUCAUGAAUCAGGACCUGAACCAGGCUGUAGAUUCAUGUAUGAAAGGAUUGAAGACAGGUUCAAUGCACUUGAAAAUCGCAUUAGGAAGCACGGAGCUGCACUUGUUGCUUCUGGGCUGUAUGAAGAACCAGUGGAUCCAUCUAUAGCUUCACAGAGAAGUGUAUUUGCCGUUGGGAUGAUCUGUUGUGAUGGGGAGGGCCAUUUGAAUGAGAACUCCAUUCUGUUGCAAAGCAGUGUUGAGCAUGCUGGGGGGCAGCGUGUUCGGCUAGAUUUGCAUAAAACGACCCAGUUUUCAAUAUUUCCAGGCCAGGUUGUAGGCAUUGAAGGCCACAAUCCUAGUGGGCAUUGUUUAAUUGCUUCAAAGCUUGUAGAUUAUGUACCUCUGUCCAUAACUGAUGACGUGGAUUUGCAUCCUGCAAAGAAACAAGCCAUAGAUCACAAUAGCCAUUCAAUUGAAGAGCCAUCCUUUAAAUCAGCAGAGCUUUCAGUGAUUAUUGCAUCUGGCCCUUUUACGACAACAGACAACUUAUUGUUUGAGCCUCUAAGUGAGCUGCUAGCAUAUGCAAGAAGAAAGUCACCACAAUUGCUGAUAUUGCUAGGACCAUUUAUUGAUUCUGAACAUCCUGAGAUUAAGAAAGGAACUAUAAAUGAGAGCUUUGAUGAAUUAUUCCAGAUAGAAGUUUCUAGAAAGUUACAAGAUUAUGUGGAGUAUAUGGGUUCAGGUGCACGUGUAAUUAUUGUUCCCUCCAUACGGGAUGCUAACCAUGACUUUGUUUUCCCCCAGCCUGCUUUUGAUAUUCAGCUACCUGAUCUCAAACAUCAGAUAUCAUGUCUCACAAAUCCAGGGAUAUUUGAGGCAAAUGAGGUCAAGGUUGGUUGUUGCACUGUGGAUAUUCUUAAACAGCUAAGUGGGGAAGAGAUGUCAAGAAAUCCAAGUGGAAUUCCCAAUGAUCGGAUGGCUCGACUUGCAAGCCAUGUUUUUAAGCAGCGAAGCUUUUAUCCUCUGUAUCCACCAGCAGAGAGUGUUCCAUUGGAUUUCUCAUUUUCUCCUGAAGCCCUUCAAUUCUCUUCAAUUCCAGACAUUCUCAUCCUACCUUCCGACAUGAAGUACUUCGUAAAGGUGUUAUCUUUUGGGGGAAGUGAAGGGGAAGGGCAGAUGAAUUGUGUGUGCGUGAAUCCAGGAAGAUUGACCAAAGGAGAAGGCGGAGGCACCUUUGUUGAGCUGGACUACAAUGGGAGUCCUGACAUGAUGAAUGCUUCUAUUAUUAGCAUAUAAAUCUUGAGAUGAGGCUGUGCAUUUCAGAUCUUGCAAGAUUUUCCCUGAGAAGCUUCCUCCAGGAACCAAAGAUUUCAAGUGCACUGAGCAGAAAGUUUAGCAGCAACUAAUUGGGUAUAUCAAGUUGACAGAGGAACCUCCCCCGUCUGCUCUAGCAUGAAAUCUGUUGCGUCUGAAUUAUAUUUUGAUCUUUUUUCCUUCCCUUUUGAUAAUUUAUCCAUGUAAUAUUCUUCCAUAUCAUCUAGUGGUCAUAAAUUUAUCACCAUGAUUCGUUUUGCAUUUGUGAAAUUAAUAGAUGCUGCAUACAAGUCAGGUAAUAUAUAUACAAAGAAAGAUAAGGAAACACAUUCCUGGCUCAUCCUCGUGGUGAAUCCUGCGAGCAGAAUCUUACAUUUGUAUCAACUGAAAAAAAA